AGUUUGACCAGCUUGACUUGAUCCAGAGCAAUGAGAGCAUUGGAUUUUUGGUGAUUUUUGUGAAUUUUUGGUGAUUUAUAUGCUCUGCUUGAUGGUUGGGGCUCGGGUUGGGGGCUUGGCUAAGCUGAGCAGCGGCCAUGAAUGGGGAGGAAGACGAGGAAGAUGACACUCACAGUCACAGCACACAGACGCCUUGCGUACCGCUGACGUUGGACGAAGAGGAGGAAUCUCGCGAGCGAGAGCAUUUUCAUCGAAUUGUCAAUGCAUUUCGAUAUUAUAGAAAGCACUCGUAUCUGAGGAUAGCGCGUGCAGAGCAUGAUUUUCGAAAGCUGUCUGAGCGGCACAAGCUCAUGUGCCCGACGUUCACGGAGCAUCUGAAUGAAGUGCGACUCUGCGUGGACCACAACUACGAAGUAAUCAAGCAGAUCGUGGCCAACACCGAUCACAUGUUUGAGAAUAUCGAUUACUGGUUAGUGCAGCAAGACGAUCAAGCUACGACCGACAAGUGGCCUUUAGCGAGUUCCGCAGACAUGGACAAGGUUCACAGCACCAUGAAGCAGUUUGUGCGUGACUGGAGCGUCGAGGGAGAGCACGAGCGACUCGUCUGCUACCAGCCAGUGCUGGAUGAAAUCCUGGCGCAUUUCCCACCGGACAAGAGUGACAUGGAAAGUGUGAUGGUACUCGUGCCAGGAGCAGGCCUUGGUAGGCUUGCCUAUGAAAUUGCCAGGUUAGGUUAUACCUGCCAGGGAAACGAAUGGAGCCUCUUCAUGCUCUUCGCCUCCAACUUUGUGCUCAACAGGUGUAGAGAAGUAGAAAUGAUCACCAUAUUCCCGUGGGUCCAGCAGUAUCAGAACCGGAAAGCAAACGCGGACCAAAUUCGGCCGUGUAAGAUUCCGGACAUCAACCCCGCGGUCCUGCCACCUGGUGCCAACUUUUCCAUGGCUGCCGGAGACUUCCUCGAGAUCUAUAAGUCGUCAGAUGCCUGGCAUUGUGUUUCGACAGUGUUUUUUAUCGACACGGCUAGAAAUGUAAUGGAGUACAUUGAGAAAAUAUGGAAAAUACUCAGACCAGGAGGAAUAUGGAUAAACAUGGGUCCAUUACUAUAUCAUUACUCGGACAUGGAAGGGGAGACUUCAAUUGAGCUUAGCUAUGAGGAAAUCAGAAACGUCAUGGUGCAGAUCGGGUUUGACAUUCUGAAAGAACGGGAGGAUGACGUGACGGUCCCGUACUCGCAGAAUCCGCGGUCGAUGAUGAAGCACGUCUACGACUGCGUGUUCUUCGUCGCAAGAAAACCCACAUUCGUUCCGCUGGAAGAUCCCGAAGACUAGCACGCGAGCGACGUACAAAGACUGCGGCGUUCCGGCACGACGACGUGUCGGUAUGUUCGGACGGGGCUUCCCCCUCCCCCCUCCUCCCGACCCUCCAGGCGUAACAAUGCUAUAGGUUUUUCAGUUGUUGCGUGUCGAGAUUUUCGUACUGUGCACUUGCCGGAAUAGAAUCAAUUGGUGUGAUAGUGAGAGGUGUUAUUUAAAUACUGAAAUUGUUAUUUACAAGAGGCUGUUCGCCUAGGACAUUAAUUUUGCAGAUGGUUUUGCAAGGGUGUAGUGGCUGCUGCUCAUUUUGGCACGUUUAUUUGCUAAUUUUUAUUAGCAAAACUGGCUAUUGCUAUUCAGGUUCCUCGCAUCUGCAUUCUACAUGUUGAAUUAGUGUACUUUCAACUAUAAUUAUGCUGACUAAUUUACAUUUUGCAUAUUUUAUAUACGUAGUAAAAAAUUAUCAGUAAGAUUUUAUGGUGUAAUCUGGUAUAAAUGUAACAUCUUUUGUUUUAUAAAAGAUGGCACAAUAAGAAUUUUGCUCGUUUAAUAGAUAAUGAAAUAACUUUUGUUAGAGCUCUAUUAUGACCAUGUACAAUGUUACAAGAGGAAGUGCUUACACGGCCACCAAUCACAGGAGUACAGUGCAUAAACAUUACCCAGCCUGGGCCGGUCAGAAGGGCACUCGAGACAAGGAAAAUAUGUAAAUGCAUGGAUAUUGUUUAUAAAAAAAUCUUGCAAUAGCAAGUUUAUUCAAUAAAACUACUAAAUCGAUACAGAAAACAUA